GCCCCCGCGCGCGGGCGUGCGUCCGCUUCCGCAUGCGAAUCGCGAGACGCAACGCGGUGCGCGCACCGGACGGGGCGGGGCUGGCUGGCUCGAGCUCUGAAGCGAGUCCGCGCGACCUGCCCGCGUGGCCCGCCGCUCCCGCUCUGCUGCUCACCACUACUUGCUCCACUGGUCGCCCGCCCGCCCGCUCCCUCCCCUCCCUCUCUAUAUCUACCCGACCUCUCUCCCCCCAUUGCCUUGUCUCGAGCAGAGGCUAACGAGUUCUAGAAUCUAGACUGGCCUUUGUCUCUCUAGCCCUGCACCCUGCCUUGGUCCGGUCUGGUGGCAUCCUACCUGGCCACGCACUUCCACUUCCUUGUUCUUUGCUGAUCAACUCAGAUUCGCCCGAUAUUCGAGUCUCUGCCGUCAUAGUGUCAUACUAUCCGUAAUCAGUGCGCAAUGUCAACCUCACAGUUUCAAAUAUAUUUCUGGUUAAUCAUCGUGCUCUGCAAUUUCAGAAUAUCAAAAUCCCUACCUCUGGAUAGAGAUGCUCUCUUGGACAUAAAAGGUCAUCUGAACGAUCCACAAAAUUACCUAUCUAACUGGGAUGAAUCUCAUUCACCGUGCCAAUUUUACGGUGUUACUUGUGACCAUGAUUCUGGUGAUGUCAUUGGGAUAUCACUCUCAAGUAUCUCACUAUCAGGCACUAUAUCAUCUUCAUUUUCUAUUCUUCAUCAAUUACGCACUCUGGAGAUCAGUGCAAACUCCAUUUCAGGCAUUGUUCCUGCUGCACUGGCUAACUGCACAAAUCUGCAGGUUCUUAAUCUGUCAAUAAACAGUUUAACAGGCCAAUUGCCUGAUCUUUCAGCAUUGCUCAAACUAGAAGUUCUUGAUUUGUCGACAAAUAGUUUUAAUGGGGAAUUCCCAGUAUGGGUCAGCAAAUUAUCAGGCCUAACUCAAUUAGGCCUAGGAGAGAACAACUUCGAUGAAGGUGAUGUUCCAGAAAGCAUUGGAGACCUGAAGAACCUAACAUGGCUAUUCCUGGGACAAUGCAAUCUGAGGGGAAAUAUACCAGCUUCAGUCUUUGAUUUGUUAUCACUGCAGACACUGGACUUCUCACGCAAUCAGAUAACUGGUGUGUUCCCCAAGGAAAUAUCCAAACUGAGGAACCUGUGGAAGAUCGAGUUCUACCAAAACAACUUGACUGGUGAAAUUCCUCGUGAGCUUGCAACUCUAACCUUGUUAUCUGAAUUUGAUGUGUCUCGGAAUCAGCUGACUGGCAUGCUUCCUAAGGAGAUUACUGGGCUGAAGAAGAUGAAGAUCUUCCAUAUAUACCAUAAUAACUUCUCUGGUGAGCUUCCUGAAGGGCUGGGGGACCUGCAGUUUCUUGAGUCAUUCUCAACCUAUGAAAAUCAGUUCUCAGGAAAGUUCCCUGCCAACCUUGGCCGGUUCUCACCACUCAACACAAUUGACAUAUCAGAGAACUAUUUUUCCGGUGAAUUUCCAAGGUUCUUGUGCCGAAACAACAAGCUGCAGUUCUUACUGGCUUUGAACAACAACUUUUCAGGUGAAUUCCCUGGCUCUUACUCUUCCUGCAAGACACUUCUGAGGUUCAGAAUAAGUCAAAAUCAGUUCAGUGGGAGUAUUCCUAGUGGCAUGUGGGGAUUGCCUAAUGCUGUGAUAAUUGAUGUUGCCAAUAAUGGAUUUGUUGGGAGUAUAUCUUCUGAUAUAGGCUUUUCAGCCACUCUGAACCAGCUGUACGUUCAGAACAACUUCUUCUUUGGGGAGAUCCCAGUGGAGUUGGGGAGGCUCUCCCAGCUGCAGAAGCUGGUUGCUUUCAAUAACAGAUUCUCUGGCCAAAUCCCUACACAGAUUGGAAGUCUGAAGAAGCUGACUUACCUGCAUUUGGAACAUAAUACACUGGAAGGGCCGAUACCACCAGACAUCGGAAUGUGCAAUAGCCUGGUUGACCUGAAUCUUGCAGAGAAUUCUUUGACUGGAGACAUUCCAGACACACUGGCCUCCCUCUCCACUCUGAAUUCACUCAAUCUCUCCCAUAACAUGAUCUCUGGUGAAGUUCCUGAAGGAUUGCAGUCACUGAAGCUGAGUUAUAUUGAUUUCUCCUACAACGAGUUGUCCGGGCCAGUCCCUCCUCAACUCCUGAUGAUAGCUGGAGAUGAUGCAUUCUCUGAAAAUUCCGGCCUUUGUGUCACCGACACUUCUGAAGGGUGGAGGCAAAGUGUCACCAACUUAAGACCUUGUCAGUGGACCGACAGCCGUCACAACUUCUCAAUGAGACGGCUGUUUCUUUUGCUGGUCAUAGUGAUAUCUUUGGUUGUUCUCCUGUCUGGGUUGGCAUGUCUGAGCUAUGGAAAUUACAAACUUGAAGAGUUCAACAGAAAGAGAGACAUCGAGAGCGGUGAUGACACUGACUCAAAGUGGGUUCUUGAGUCCUUCCAUCCCCCAGAGCUUGACCCUAAGGAAGUAUGCAACUUGGAUAGAGAGAAUUUGAUUGGUUGUGGAGGUACCGGCAAAGUUUACAGACUAGAAUUGAGCAAGGGAAGGGGAACUGUGGCUGUGAAGGAGCUGUGGAAGCGUGAUGAUGCAAAGGUCUUGAAGACUGAGAUAAACACCCUUGGGAAGAUACGCCAUCGGAACAUUCUGAAACUUAAUGCAUUUUUGACUUGUGGAGCAUCAAACUUUCUGGUUUAUGAGUAUGUGGCGAAUGGAAAUCUGUAUGAUGCUAUUCGCCGUGAGUUAAAAGCUGGGCAGCCAGAGCUUGACUGGGGCAAGCGGUACCGGAUUGCUGUUGGGGCUGCAAAGGGCAUCAUGUACCUUCACCAUGAUUGCUCCCCAGCCAUAGUCCAUCGGAACAUUAAGUCGACCAACAUACUGCUGGACGAGGAGUAUGAAGCUAAGCUUGCGGAUUUUGGUAUCGCUAAAUUUGUGGAGGGUUCACCGCCUAGCUGCUUUGCUGGUACCCAUGGCUACAUGGCUCCUGAGUUUGCAUAUUCUCUAAAGGUGACAGAGAAGGGUGAUGUUUACAGCUUUGGUGUUGUACUUCUAGAGUUGCUUACUGGGCAUAGCCCGACUGAUCAACAGUUUGAUGGUGAGAUGGACAUCGUUUCCUGGGUUUCAUUUCAUCUGGUUGACCAAAACCCUGCAGCUAUUCUUGAUCCAAAAGUAAGCAAAGAUUCAUCAGACGACAUGAUAAAGACCUUGAACAUUGCCAUUCUUUGUACUGUUCAACUUCCAUCUGAACGGCCAACAAUGAGAGAAGUCGUGAAAAUGCUCAUCGACAUCGAUCCUAGCUCCGCAACUGGGAGGGCAAAGAACAAGAAUGAUAAGAAGUGAGAACAGCAGGACUUUUGUUAGUAAGAUAUACCAAUCACAACAUCAGGGUCUUUAGGCACCCAGUAGCAGCUCACAGGGGGAAGCUUAUUAGGUCCUCAGAAUGCCUGACUGGUGAAUAGCAACUAGUAGGCUGAUAAGAUAAUCUGGAGGAGUGAGGUAUAGCCUCUGCAAGCUUGUUCAUAGGUUAAAACUUUAGAUAUAUCCUGUACAAAUUAGUACUGUAAUCUGAAAAUUUCUGUACAUAUACUACGAGCAUCAGUAUGAUUUACCGCAUUGCAAGUCAGAUAAUGGACACUAGCAAUAGUUAAUGAAUGAGGACAUACUAGUAAUAUAUCCAUAUGCCCAAUUUUAUCAGAAUGAAACAGGACAUGGUGACAGGCACAUUACAUUUACUGAUCAUUCUAAUACUCGUGGAAAUUCUGAAUUCAAGUUUUCUUUCUGCCUCAUUUUAGCCAUCCUUUUAUAUUUAUUGAGAGUAUGAACAAUCUCAAGGGCUAUUAAAACUGAUUCAGGAAAAUUAAGGAGUCCACAUCUUCUAAGAACUGAUCGGAUAUCACAUCCUGAUAUUUCAACAACAGAAAAAAAGGAACACACCGAAUCAGAAGCCAGAUUUCUAGUCUUCUUCAGCUCAGAGUAGUUUUCUCUAUCU